GGCUUUCGGGGAUGGCAGGGGUCAUGGGUAGUGGCUUCCCAGAAUCCAGCUACUGCUGGGGCCUUGGGGUCCCUGAACAUGCAGCCAUAUUGCUUCAGUCUGCAGUGGGGGUAAGGUGUUGUUCAUUCAUUCACUUAAUCACUAUUCACUUUCUUAUUCGUUGACUCACUCAGAUCUUAGUUCAUUUACUUUGUCUCCCCUUGAUUCAUCAAUUCAUCCACCCAUUCAUUUGCUUACUCUCUCUCUCUCUCUCUCUCUCUCUCUCUCUCUCUCUCUCAUUCAUUCGUUCAGUUCCUUGCUAGCCCAUUCUGUGAUCCUGUGAUCGUUGGGAACCUCAUGGAAAGCUAAGGACGGGUGGUUGGCCUUAUGCUCAGUUGAGUCUUUCUGUCCCUCAAGGCCAUACUGCCUCCAUUGAUACUACAGUGUUUGGGUUGCUUUUAGUCCCUUCCUCCCUGGAUUCUCAGGGCUCUGAACAGCAGGCAGGGCAGAGUUUGGACCUGUUGUGUGGUUACCGUAGUUCCUCACUGCAGAUCCAUGGAGAUACAGGUGAGCAGUUCUGACAUUCUCUAAGACCUGCCACCUGUCGUCGGGACAGCUGGAGUCCACCACAGUGUGCUCUAUGGCCUCACAUUGUAGGUACAGAACCUGGGGAGGUUUAUACAGUCUGUAAGUCGCAGGUCUGCCUGGGCAGGGACCACUUGUCUGCUUCCCUCUUGUGCUGGAGACAUCUCUGGGGCAUGCAGAAACUCCAUGACACAUUCCAUACCAUACCCCCACAAGCCUCUCUGUUUUUCCUGCAGCCCAGUGACAGGCUGUGCAGUCCAACUGGGUCUAUGUAGAGCCUUCUCUACUGUGUCCCAUUAAGCAUAGGCAACAUUUUAAGUUGCUUGCUGUGCGGACUAGACUGAUGCUCUUAGAUGUGGAGUGAGCUACCUCAAGAAUUCCUGCUCAUGGUAGAGGCUGCAAGAUGCAGAACCAGGACAGCGUCCUGCCCUAUAGAAUGGUCCUGUUAUUUUGAAUUACAGGGUGACUGAAUCACAGCUGUGUACAGAGGCCAUGAUUCACCCAGGUAGAUGGAAACUGCUCAACCCAAGGCCACGUUAACGUGCUCUAGAAAAGUCACCACACCUGUACAAACCUCAGUGUGGAACCAGAACGGCAAAAGCCCCUCUAUCACCUUUGAGUACACGCUGCUGCAGUCGCCACACAUGCACCACCUGCCGCCGGUCUAUUACAGCUUCUCGGAGGCAGCCUCUGAGAGCACCGAGAGCACCGAGCGCCAGGAGCUGGACAGUGCCAGGCUGCUGGGCUUCCUGCAGCACAAUGGCUCACUCUACGGCCAGCCCUCCUCAGAGAGGCUGGGCCUGAACAGCCAGCUGUUUCCGCCUACAGCCCCUGAGGUGGAGCUGGGCCCAAGCAGAGGCCAGGAGACCAACGAGGUGUGCAAGCAAGCCAGCGGUGGGGUCUGUGAGGGACCUCCCAGGGGCAAGGGCUUCCAAGACCACAAUGCCACUGGGAGAGCUCUCUUGGGGGACAAGGAUGACCGGGAGAUCAGUGCCCAUUUCACCUCCCAUGAGCUUCUCUCAGCCAACACCAUCUCCGAUCAGCUCUUGGGCACAGGCUCUGACUCGGAAGAGUUCUCACUCAACGAGACCAUGAACAGCAUCUUUGCCCAGGGUGCCCCCAGAAGCUCUCCAGCUGAGAGCCUCUAUGUGGAUUAUGAAGAGAAUGAGGGGCCUGCUGCCUACUUGAUCAAUGGGUCUUACCUGGAACUGAACAGUGACAGGAUCAAUACCUCCUCCGAGGCCCCAUUCCCCAACACCAGCGCCAGCCUCCCCAGCUUGGCUGGGAACAGGACUCACAAGGCAAGGACCAGACCCAAGGCACGCAAGCAAGGUGUGAGUCCAGCCGACAUGUAUCGGUGGAAGCUUUCAUCCCAGGAGCCCUGCAGUGCCACAUGCACCACAGGAGUCAUGUCUGCCUAUGCCAUGUGCGUUCGCUACGAUGGCGUUGAAGUGGAUGACAGCUACUGCGAUGCCCUGACCCGUCCUGAGCCCGUCCAUGAAUUCUGCGCUGGGAGGGAGUGCCAGCCCAGGUGGGAGACCAGCAGCUGGAGUGAGUGCUCACGCACCUGCGGUGAGGGCCAUCAGUUCCGCAUCGUGCGCUGCUGGAAGAUGCUGUCUCCUGGCUUUGACAGCUCCGUGUACAGUGACCUCUGUGAAGCCACAGAGGCUGUGCGGCCGGAGGAACGCAAGACAUGCCGCAACCCAGCCUGUGGGCCACAGUGGGAGAUGUCUGAGUGGUCGGAGUGCACAGCCAAGUGUGGGGAGCGCAGUGUAGUGACCAGAGACAUCCGGUGUUCCGAGGACGAGAGACUGUGUGACCCCAACACCAGGCCUGUGGGAGAGAAGAACUGCACGGGACCUCCCUGUGAUCGCCAGUGGACUGUCUCAGACUGGGGACCGUGCAGUGGGAGCUGUGGACAGGGCCGCACAAUCAGGCACGUGUACUGUAAGACCAGCGACGGACGGGUAGUCCCCGAGUCCCAGUGCCAGACAGAGACAAAGCCUCUGGCCAUCCACCCCUGUGGGGACAAGAACUGCCCAGCACACUGGCUGGCUCAGGACUGGGAAAGGUGCAACACUACCUGUGGGCGUGGCGUGAAGAAGCGGUUAGUUCUUUGCAUGGAGCUGGCCAAUGGGAAGCCUCAGAUGCGAAGUGGUUCUGAAUGUGGGCUAGCCAGGAAGCCCCCUGAGGAAAGUACGUGCUUCGAGAGACCUUGCUUCAAGUGGUACACCAGCCCCUGGUCAGAGUGCACCAAGACAUGUGGGGUAGGUGUGAGGAUGCGAGAUGUGAAGUGUUACCAGGGAACCGACAUUGUCCGUGGAUGUGACCCACUGGUGAAGCCUGUCGGAAGACAGGCUUGUGACUUACAGCCAUGUCCCACAGAGCCCCCAGAUGACAGCUGCCAAGACCAGCCCGGCACCAACUGUGCACUGGCCAUCAAAGUGAACCUCUGUGGCCAUUGGUACUACAGCAAAGCCUGCUGCCGCUCCUGCAGGCCUCCCCAUUCCUAGCUGCUGCUGUAGCCCCCAAGACAUAAGCAUGCCAUCUGGGGCUUUCCUUGGACACCCGCCCUGCAGGGGAUUCUGGACUGUGAAGACGUGACUUGGAGCACAACUGACAGGAAGGGACUUUGACAUUGUGGCCUUGUCUCUGCCCUGGGUGAGAGCCUCCAGGGCCCGCAGGCCCCUUCUCAGAUGGAGCCACCCUGCUGCGGGAAACUGUACAUGCACUCCCAGGAUCCUGUGUCUGUGCCCAUCCCAGAGAGCUCAGAGGACGGAAACCAGAGUAGGCAGUACCUGCCCAUUCCCCAGACCCAACUCUGAUGUGACAGAACCCUCUCAAGGUGACUUGCCGGUGACGCAGGAAGGAGAGAGUCUCUUUUCUUUGGCUGUCUUGUAAGGAGGGCUCCUGGGUCAGCUGAGGAGCCCGGGCUGCCCUGUCUCUGGAAGGUACUGAAGUACCCCUUCCUAUGGCAUUAGUGCCACUGUUCCCCUCCCAGAGUUCUUGUGCUAGCUGGGAGGGACAGCCGUGUUCCUGGGUGUCCCUACCAGCCUCCUCACUACUUACUGUGCAUGUUAAUAAAGUGCCUGUAUUUAUGGCAGCA